AGCAGCUAGUUGCAGAACGAGUUUAAAGAAAUUUGACGCUGCGCCUUGAGUCAGGUAGAGCUGGAAGGAGUCUGGUAACUGGUGGAGCAUCAGCAGAGGGGAGGUGCUUUAGGCAGGUGCUGGGGCGAGACUCAGUUCACAUUGCAGCGUUCAGAGAGAGACACAUACACCGAGGAGAUAGCUGCUGUGCUCCUGUUCUAAUGAGAAGCUGCACGAAGGUUUUAGACGAUGCAAGAAGCUACUGUGAUGGCAGAACACAACUGUUCCAAGGGAUCGUACGUGACGUUAUUGUGCCCUUCAACUUCCUGUGAGGCCUUGUGUCAGAUUGUCCAUGUAAAGGAUCUAACAAGCCCUUCCCUGAAUGCAUCCCUGGCACUGGAUCCAGAAGGGACCUCACUUGAUUUUUACAUUGGCCUGGUCUUGGCCAUUUUCUCCAGCUGCCUCAUUGGCAACAGUGUCAUUCUAAAGAAGAAAGGGCUGCUGCGAUUGGCUGAAGUAGGUGGUACCAGAGCAGGAGAUGGUGGCCACGGUUACCUGAAGGAUUGGAUGUGGUGGGCUGGCCUUCUAACAAUGGGUAUUGGAGAAGCGAUGAACUUUGCUGCGUACGCUUUUGCUCCUGCAACAGUUGUCACUCCGCUCGGAGCACUCAGUGUCCUGGUUAGUGCAGUAUUGUCAUCCUACCUCCUGCAAGAGAGACUGAACCUAUUGGGGAAGAUGGGAUGUGUUCUGUGCAUCCUAGGGUCAACCAUCAUGGUGAUACAUGCACCUCAAGAGGAGGAGGUGAAAACACUGGAAGAAAUGGCGCUGAAGCUUAAAGAACCAGGGUUCCUGGUGUUUGCUUGCCUCUUGCUGAUCACAGUGCUCUUCCUUGUCUUCUACACCGCCCCCAGACAUGGACACACCAACAUCCUUGUCUACAUUAGCAUCUGUUCCCUCAUUGGGGCUUUCUCUGUUUCCUCCGUGAAAGGAAUCGACAUUUCCAUCCGAGGAUACUUCGCCAAUCUCCCAGUGUACAAACACCUGUUAACCUGGAUCCUCAUCUUCUCUCUGCUGGCCUCUAUCAUCACCCAGGUCAACUACUUGAACAAAUCCCUUGACAUUUUCAACACCUCAGUGGUCUACCCCAUUUACUAUGUGUUCUUCACGACAGUAGUUAUCACCACGUCAGUCAUCCUGUUCAAAGAGUGGUACAGCAUGUCUGCUAUCGACAUUGUGGGUACUGUCACUGGCUUCGGAACCAUCAUCCUUGGAGUAUUCAUGCUUCAUGUCUUUAAAGACCUAAAUUUCAGCCUGAAGAACUUGCCAAAGACACUCAAGGCACAAGAGGGAGUUUGCGUCACUCCGAUGCUCAAAUUAGAUGACAAGCACUUCCUUAUAGAAAGCACGGACAAUGCAGUGUUCACUGAAGAGAAGCCCAGGGUCUUUGUAAUUUAUGGGUAAAGAUUUUGGAUUCAUGGACAAUUUUUUUUAAAAAAAGUGCUACUAUGACAACCAGAUGUAGGCAGACUAUGAAAUUAUUUGGUGUUUUGAUGCAGUGCCUUAUCAUGUGAACAUACUAUAAUAUGCCCGAUGACCCAGAGAAAGGUCAGUUCAUUCCACAAGAUUUCAAUUCAAUCUAGAAUCUAUGCUGCAGAUUGUGGUGACAAUAUAAGUCAGCUGAUCAGAUGUAAAUCAAAUGUGACUCUCAACAAUUCCAUCAGAGAAGCAGGAAGGCUGAUGUUUCAGGCCUAGACUCCUCUUCAGAAAUGAUUUCUGAAGAAGGGUCGAGGCCCAAAACGUCAGCCUUCUUGCUCCUCUGACGCUGCUUGGCCUGCUCGACACCUUGUUAUCCCAGAUUCUCCAGCAUCUGCAGUUCCUACUAUCUCUCAACAAUUCCCUCAUGUUUUAUGCUUAACACCCUUUCUGACCAGUGCAAAAGAAUGUAGUAUUUGAAAUGUUUUUGAGCAUUGCAAUUUUAUCCAUGAUCACUCUGUUCUGUCUCUCACCAGGAUUGUAUACUCAAAUGAAGUGCCAGUAACAAACAGAUCAGCCCUGCAGCCUGCUUCACGUAGUGGGGAUUGCCACAAUCUAACCAGUUUACAUGUGAAUCUAUCCCUUUUCUCAUUUUAUUUCUAUCAAACGAAAUGCCGGUUGAAAGUGCAAGCUUCUUCCCAUUUUUGACUUGCCAAUUAUUCUUACCUUCAGACAAUUACAAUGUUUGCUUGCUGCUGGUUUCACGUUCAUGAAAAAGUCAUCCUGUGCUGUUUGCUCACCUUAAUGGAUGAGGCAGUACGGCUCACAUUAAUGCCUCAGGACCGGGAGGGAUGAGUAGCCCAUUGUUCCUGUUCCUGUUCCUGGUCCCUAGUGUGUAUUAUGUACAUGUAUAUACCACAUGAAGAAAGGAUUGAGAUCUAUGCAUGGAGCUUGAAAGCACUGCCCAGUGUGGAACUGAAGCCCACGGACCCUGGGAAUACAUAGCCAGUACAGCAUUCCUUCAGUCCUACAGUACUGCUGUGUCAGCUGACAAGGAACUCUGGAGUGUGGUCUCUGAUAUUCCGAAACCUACAAUAUUACCAGUGGAUAAUACAGUCAGCGCUGCAUGCAAAGACUGACACAUUGUCCAGGCAGUGUGUACCUGCUUUUUGUCAACUCUCUUAUUCUUGUCUGCAUUUUGGACAAUUCUAUAAAGUCACUGAGAUUGGAGUAAGUGUUGCACCCAUUUCAGAGUAAUUGGGCUUUCCUAAAGUCAGUGAACCCUCUGCAUCAAUCAGUUUUGCUGCUGUCAGAGGCUGGUUUACCAGAAUUUUAUUCAGGCCCCAAGUGUUACGUUGAGGAUGAUUACAUAAUCCUGUCUUGAAUUUUUUUUUUGGAACAUUCAAGGUUAAGUGAUGAUAAUAUUGAGGAGUUUAGGGUUUGGAAAGGAACUAAUGAAUAGAGAGAUUUGUAGAAGUUUCCAGGGCAAGAGGAUCCAACCUAAAAUUAACCCAGUCCAUUCAGAAGGGAAAUUGGGAAACAUUUCUUCACACACAGAGAGUUAGAAAUGUGGAAUACUGUUUCUCAAAAGAAUUGUAGAUUUUAACUGGCACGGUGGCUCAGUGGUUAGCACUGCUGCCUCACAGUGCCAAGGACCUGGGUUUGAUUCCACCCUCAGGCAACUGUCUGUGUGGAGUUUGCACAUUCUCCCUGUGUCCGCAUGGGUUUCCUCCCACAAUCCACAGAUAUGCAGGCUAGGUGGAAUAGCCAUGGGAAAUUGCCUGUAUUCUUGAGGGAUGUGUAGCUUAGGUGGGUUAUAGGGAAAUGGAUCCGGGUGAGAUGCCCCAUAGGUUGCUGUGGACUUGUUGGACUGAAGGGCCUGUUUCCACACUGUAGGGAAUCUAUGAUCUAUGAUAAUUUCAAAUCUGAAUUUGAUGUGAUUUUGCUUAGGCAAGGGCACAAAAAGCAAUGUUGUCAUUCAUUACCCGUUCUCAGUUGCCUUGAAGAGGUAAUGAUGUUUUUUUUCUUGAACUGUGGCAUUCUGCAUGAUGAUGAUGCUUCUUCAAUGCUUUUGUGUAUUUUGCAUGAGUUAAACAAAUCUUUAUCCAUCAGGGAACAGUGGCCAGAGAGUUUCCACUUGUAACAUCAAAUUUUUCCAUCUGUAGCCAUUUUAUCCCAGGAUGCAAUGUAACUACCAUUUGUUUCUGAGAAUAUGUAUUUCAGCAUCUUCUUUAAUGUUUACACUGUAGCCUAAUGGGUUAGUAUUCCAACUGGGCAUUGCAUGUUCAGACCAGAGAUUCCAGGUUGUAUCCCUGGAGUGAGCUGAGUUAGCAACAUUAGUUGAUGCAAUAACAGCUGCUACGCUUGGACUAGGAAGUUACAAUCUGCCAAGUUUCUUGAUCACUGUUUGUAAAGAAGGGCAUUUUCAUAGGAAAACAACAAAUGAAGCCAUUCAGUCCAUCGUAUCUACAUUGACCCAGAUGAUAAAGAAUAUUGGAAAGUGCAAUAACAUACUUUAAAAGGCAAUGAAGACUUACGAAUAUUAGGAAAGUGAAAUAUUGCAAAUGAUAGGAAAUCUGGAAAAAAAAACAGAAAAUGCUGGAUGAACUAAGCAAGCCAGGCAGCAUUAAAGGCAAUCAAUCUGGAAUGUUAGUUGUGUUUCUCUACUCAUAGAUACUGCUUAAUCUGCAGCAUAUUUCCUGUUUCUACUUCCUUUCAAUUGCACUCCUUAAUGUGCUUCCAGUUCCAUCAGGCCCCAAACUUGAAAAUUUCUGUAAAUCCCUUUUAAUUCUGUUCUGGGUUCUGCAAGGUGGAUAUCAAUUUGGAACUAGACCAGGGAAAUAUUUUGAUUGCUUUCAAUCUCUUAAUGAAUGCACCCUGAAUGAUUAGUGUAUUGGAGCAAGAUGAAAAUAGUCUAAGUUUGUAUUUUUCUAUUUCAUAUAUAUUUUUGUAACAGUGUUUUACUGAUUGACUGACUGUUUUUGUAAAGAUGAGCUAAAUGCCUGUUAAUGCAUUAUGAUUCCUCAGUGCUGAGUGCAUUUUCAUGGUUUAAAGACAAAACAGAAGCAAACUGUAAAUAGAGCAGCCUCAAUAAAGAUUUGGCUUGGUAUAUUAAGUUUCUACAGAAUAAUAAAAAUGAACUGGAAUUGAA